AUGAUUGGUGAACGUAUUGAAAGUGGGAUUAAGGCUGGCAAAGGCCAUGCUUAUCAACGAGUAGUCGUUGUGACCAUACCGAAUGCUCCUCUUCAACAACAACAACAACAGAGGUAUCCUUCGCGUCAGUAUCAGCAAAAGCCGAGAGCACCAAGAAAUUUUGAUCCCAUACCUAUGACAUAUGCACAACUACUUGCUCAUCUUUUACAUCGUGAGUUGGUGCAACUUCGUACCAUGGGCCCUCCACCUGCUAAGCUCCCUCCUAACUAUGAUGCGAAUGCUCACUGUGAUUUUCAUUCUGGGGCUGCUGGUCAUGAUAUUGAACGUUGCAUAAGAUUCAUGCAUAAAGUGCAAGAUCUGAUUGAUUCAAAGGCUAUUGAGUUCACCCCUACUCAAGGGCCUAACGUUGUUCAGAACCCUAUGCCUCCCCAUGGAACUCAUGCUGCAAAUGCCAUCGAGGUUGUUGAAGACGCUCGCUUGGUCAAGGAUGUGACCGAAUUGGGAUCUCUGUUGCCAUUAUUGAAGAUAGAAUUAUUGAGGAUGGGUCUAUACUCUGGUUUUGGAGAAUUAUGUACUGAUUGCAUGGCCAUUUCCUCAGUUUGUGACAAGGGGAAAAGUGGGAUUCAACAGUUGAUAGAUAAUGGGUAUCUACAGUUUGAGCAUGUGCGACAUCCUGAAUUAGUCAAGAAUGAAGUCAAUGUGGUAUCCAUUCCUUAUACUCCUGCCAAGAUUCCGAUUCCUGCCAGAGCACCUCCUUUGGUUAUUACACUGCCUGGUCCCGUCCCGUAUACUAGUGAAAGAGCAAUCCCAUGGAAUAAUGGAGCAGAAGUUUUCUACCAAGGGACCAAGCAUGAGAUUGAAAUUCCAGUUGAGAAAGAAGAUGUGGACAAUGUUGUUGGCAUUGGGCGAAUGACAAGGAGUGGUCGUAUUUUCAAUCCUCCUCAAAAUGCUCGCGAUGAUAAUGCAGAAGCCCUAACUCGAGAUAAAGGAAAAAGAGUGGCAGAAGAUACAGUGGAUCAGGGGCAAAGCUCUAAAUCUGAAGAUACAGUGGCCAAAGAGAUGGAAGAGUUCCUAAAGAUCAUCAAGAAAAGUGAGUAUAAAGUGGUUGACCAGCUGAGUCAAACUCAAUCAAAGAUUUCGAUCUUGCAGUUGCUCUUGUGUUCGGAGACACAUCGAAAUGCUUUAUUGAAACUUCUAAGUACUGCCUUUGUCCCUCCGGAGAUCUCAGUGAAUCAACUUGAAGGGGUGGUGUCAAACAUCAACGCUGGUAGAAACCAUAAUAGAGCUUUGCAUAUAUCAGUGGAGUGUAAAGGGACUAUGUUAUCACGUGUUCUCGUGGAUACUGGAUCUUCUUUGAAUGUAUUACCGAAGUCGUCUUUGAUGAGGCUAGAUUAUUCUGGCAUUGAGAUAAGGCCGAGUGAAUUGACGGUGAGAGCCUUUGAUGGCUCAAAAAGAUCAGUGUUUGGGGAGGUUGACUUGCCGAUAAUGAUAGGCCCUCAGCUCUUCACUAUUACUUUCUUCGUGAUGGAUAUCCACCCGUCCUACAGUUGUCUCCUAGGACGCCCAUGGAUCCAUGCUACUGGGGUCGUGACUUCCACAUUACAUCAGAAACUCAAAUUUGUGACUCAAGGAAAGAUAGUCACAAUAUGUGGGGAAGAAGAACACGUGGUAAGUCAUCUUGCGUCCUUCAGGUAUAUCGAGGUGGAAGGAGAGGUCCACGAGACGCCUUGCCAGGCCUUUGAGGCUGUCCAGACUAUCAAGAUCCCUUAUGUUGAAAAUAAGAAGUUGGAGGCUCCCAUGUCUCCACUAAAGGAAGCUAAAGCUGUGGUUGAAUCUGGUCAUCCUGAAGGAUGGGGCCGAGUCUUGGAUUUACCAAUCAAGCAGGAUAAAUGUGGGAUUGGAUAUCAGUUGGGUCAGAGUUCAUCUAAUGGGGCCCCCAAGAAGCCUGGAACCUUUGUUCCAAUCAAGUUCUCUAGUGCUGACAUUGUCAAGGAUCAUAUUUGUGUUGCUGAUGACGAUAUGGAUAGCGAUUAUGACAUUGAAGAAUGGAUCAAGCCGUGUGUCCCAGGACAAAAGCUUCUCAAUUGGUCGUCCAAAGACAUCAUCUCAAUUUCUCUUGAUCAAAAAUCCAUUUCUCCUCCAGAUUCUGUUGAUAACGAUCUUGCUAUGCCUCGUUAUGACUUCGACAAUCCUAUCAACACCGCUGAAGAAAGGGAUAAAGAAGAUUGUGAACUCCCUGACGAGUUGGCCAGAUUGUUGAAACAAGAAGAGAAAGUGAUCGAGCCACAUCAAGAGCCUAUUGAGACGGUGAAUCUUGGCACCGAAGAGAUGAGAAGGGAGGUUAAAAUAGGGGCUUCUUUAAAUGAGUAUGUGAAAGAAAAGUUGAUUGGAAUGUUGAAAGAGUAUUCUGAUAUCGUCGCUUGGUCUUACGAAGAUAUGCCUGGAUUAGAUACUGAUAUUGUUCUGCACAGAUUACCUCUUAAAAAGAAUUCUCCGCCUAUCAACGGAGAUUGGGAGACACGCCACCCUAACCUGAUUCCCUAUAGAGAACAUGUUGUGAAAUUGGCUCAAUACUUUGAUGAGAUCACCUUUGAUCACAUUCCUCGAGAGGAAAAUCAUUUGGUUGAUGCUUUGGCCACUUUAGCAUCCAUGUUCAAAGUCAAAUGGGACAAUGAAGCACCUUCAAUUGUGAUCAAAAGGUUGGAUGAGCCCGCGUUCUAUGGCGUUAUUGAUAACGUGCCUGAUGAGAAACCAUGGUUUUAUGACAUUAAGAAAUUUCUGGAGACCCAAGAGUAUCCUGAAGGUGCUUCCCUUACGGAUAGGAAAACUCUGAAGAGACUAUCUGCCAAGUUCUUCCUUGCUGGAGGUGUGUUGUACAAGAGGAAUUUUGAUUCUGUGUUGCUCAGAUGCGUGGAUGGACACGAAGCAGCAAAGAUCAUGCAAGAGGUGCAUAAAGGAUCCUUUGGUACACAUGCAAGUGGACACACCUUGGCUAGAAAAAUAUUGAGAGCAGGAGCAACUCCUUUCUCACUAGUAUAUGGCAUGGAAGCAAUUCUUCCGGUUGAGGUCGAGAUUCCUUCAUUAAGGGUAUUGACGGAUGUGAAACUCAGUGAAGCUGAUCGGGUUCAAACUAGAUUUGAUCAACUGAACCUUAUUGAUGAAAAGAGCCACCUCUUUAAGGGGGCCACUUCCGGAUGUACUCGCCUAUGUUGGGCAAAUUUUCAUUAA